UUUUAGGACAACCAAUAGCUACGUGCUACUGAGGAGUUGACAUGACAACAAUGGGUUUAUCUCUGGUCCUCUUUAAUGAAUGGCAUGUGUGUGGACAUUUUAUGUCUGUAGAUAUGUGCGUACUAUAAUUAAAUGUAAAAUAGAUAUUAUUAAUGCAGGCUUUAACAGUCACUGUGUAAGUUCAUGGUUGGCCAACAGUUGAUUCUCUGCAAAGACGACUGUUGUGGAACACAAAUCGUGCUUUGGUAGACGACCCUCGCUAUGGGAUAAUUAGGGCGUCUUUUUAGAAUGACAUCCACCAUGGACGAAGACAGUCUAAAACCGCUGGUGAAACUCACCCAAGACGGACAUUUUAGCCAUCUGCUAAAACACAUAACGUCAUGUAGCCCGUCGACUUUUCAAGCUGUCAGAAGCAAGCACUUCGGGCGGUCCGCAGACACCCUUCUUCAUUACGCCGCCAGACAUGGCCACCUGGACAUUUUAGAGUUUCUAAUAAAAGAAGUCGGCAUGGAUGUGGAAGUCUACAACAACGACUACAAGCGGCCGCUCCAUGAAGCAGCGUCCAUGAGCCACAUAGCGUGUGUUGGCUACCUACUGCAGGAGGGAGCUAAAGUUGACAGCUUAAAAAAGGCUGAUUGGACACCGUUGAUGAUGGCCUGCACCCGGAGGAACCUUAACGUGAUCCAGGAGCUGAUCAACCACUCUGCUGACCCGCUCCUGAGAAACAAAGAUGGCUGGAAUGCCUUCCACAUUGCCUGCAGGGAGGGUGAUCCUCUGGUGGUGGGAUAUCUUCUUUCUGUUAGCCCAGAUGUGUGGAGAACUGAAAGUAAGACGUGCAGGACACCACUGCACACUGCAGCUAUGCAUGGCUGCGAGGAAGUUGUUCAGAUCUUACUUGAGAGAUGUGGUUACACUCCAGACGCCAAGGACAGCUGCGGCGUCACUGCUUUCAUGGACGCUGUGAGGAACGGACAUGUAUCAGUGGCCAGGCUUCUGAUGGAGAAACAUCAGGCUUCUCCAACUGCAGCUGACAUACUCGGGGUUCAGCCAGUGCACCAGGUGGCUGUCACUGGCCAGGAGGAGGCGCUGGAGUUUCUGGUAAGGGAACUCAAUGUGGAUGUGAACCAGAGGGCAACUGCCAUGCAGCUUACUGCCUUGCACUACGCUGCCAAGGAAGGACAUGUUUCCACCAUAAAGACAUUGCUAAGUUUGGGCGCAGAUCUUCACGUUCGGGACAAAAAGAGACGAACUGCUCUCCACAUGGCGUCCAUCGGUCAGCACGCAGAUGCCGCCAGGACGUUGCUGCAGCUCGGACUGGACGAUUCCCAGGACACAUCUGGUGUCUUGGCAAGACAGCAUGCCAAAAAAUUUGACAUAAUGCAAGUCUUUGAGUGCAAUUAAUUUGACCUGCUUAUAGUUGUAAUAUACUAAAGAAAAAGAAACAUUUCAGGUUGCAUUCACCCUCAUUGUUAUAAAAUGUGAUAUAAAUAGGGAUUUUAGUGAUAUGACAUGUUUGAUUUGUUUUAUACUUUGGAGGCUUUUCAGACUUGAUUAAUAAAGCUUUGGUUA